GGGGCCGUCGUAAAAGUGUCGCCCGUCAUCUCUCGGGCCGGGCUACAGGUCUCCGCUCGCUUCCAGUCAGGGGUCGACAGCUGCAGGCGUUAGUUUCCCUUAAGAUGGCGGACGAGGAGACCGACGGUGAGGAGAGGAUGGAAGUCAGCACCGAGGUGCCCCAGACCCCUCAGCGGCUGGCAUCCCAGUGGGAUCAACAAGUUGAUUUUUAUACUGCUUUCCUGCAUCAUUUAGCACAAUUGGUGCCAGAAAUUUAUUUUGCUGAAAUGGACCCAGACUUGGAAAAGCAAGAAGAGAAUGUGCAAAUGUCAAUAUUCACUCCACUAGAAUGGUACUUAUUUGGAGAGGAUCCAGAUAUUUGUUUAGAGAAAUUAAAGCAUAGUGGCGCAUUCCAACUCUGUGGGAAGGUUUUCAAAAGUGGAGAGACAACAUAUUCUUGUAGGGACUGUGCAAUUGAUCCAACAUGUGUACUGUGUAUGGACUGCUUCCAGAAUAGUGUUCAUAAAAAUCAUCGAUACAAGAUGCAUACUUCUACUGGAGGAGGGUUUUGUGACUGUGGAGACACAGAGGCGUGGAAAACUGGCCCUUUUUGCUUAAGUCAUGAGCCUGGAAGAGCAAGUAUUACAAAAGAGAAUCCACGUUGUCCAUUGAAUGAAGAGGUAAUUGCUCAAGCCAGGAAAAUAUUCCCUUCAGUGAUAAAAUACAUUGUAGAAAUGACUAUAUGGGAAGAAGAAAAGGAACUGCCUCCUGAACUGCAGAUAAGGGAGAAAAAUGAAAGAUACUACUGUGUCCUUUUCAAUGAUGAGCAUCAUUCCUAUGACCAUGUCAUAUACAGUCUGCAAAGAGCUCUUGACUGUGAACUUGCGGAGGCCCAGUUGCACACCACUGCCAUAGACAAAGAGGGUCGUCGGGCUGUUAAAGCAGGUGCUUAUGCCUCUUGCCAAGAAGCAAAGGAAGACAUAAAGAGUCAUUCAGAAAAUGUCUCUCAACAUCCACUUCACGUAGAAGUAUUACACUCUGAGGUUAUGGCUCAUCAGAAAUUUGCUUUGCGUCUUGGUUCCUGGAUGAACAAAAUUAUGAGCUAUUCAAGUGAAUUUAGGCAGAUCUUUUGCCAUGCCUGCCUUAGAGAAGAACAUGGCUCUGAGAAUCCCUGUCUCAUAAGCAGGUUAAUGCUCUGGGAUGCAAAGCUUUAUAAAGGUGCCCGGAAGAUCCUUCAUGAAUUGAUCUUCAGCAGUUUUUUUAUGGAGAUGGAAUACAAAAAACUCUUUGCCAUGGAAUUUGUGAAGUAUUAUAAGCAACUGCAGAAGGAAUAUAUCAGUGAUGAUCAUGACAGGAGUAUCUCUAUAACUGCACUGUCAGUUCAGAUGUUUACUGUUCCUACUCUGGCUCGACAUCUUAUUGAAGAACAGAAUGUUAUUUCUGUCAUUACUGAAACUCUGCUGGAAGUUUUACCUGAAUACUUGGACAGGAACAAUAAAUUCAACUUCCAGGGUUAUAGCCAAGACAAACUGGGAAGAGUAUAUGCAGUAAUAUGUGACCUAAAGUAUAUCCUGAUCAGCAAACCCACACUAUGGACAGAAAAAUUAAGAAUGCAGUUCCUGGAAGGAUUUCGAUCUUUUUUGAAGAUUCUUACCUGUAUGCAGGGAAUGGAAGAAAUCAGACGACAGAUCGGGCAGCACAUAGAAGUGGAUCCUGACUGGGAGGCUGCUAUCGCUAUACAGAUGCAAUUAAAGAACAUUUUACUCAUGUUUCAGGAGUGGUGUGCUUGUGAUGAAGAACUCUUACUAGUGGCUUAUAAGGAAUGCCACAAAGCUGUGAUGAGGUGCAGUACAAAUUUCUUAUCUAGCAGCAAGACAGUAGUACAAUUGUGUGGUCAUACUCUGGAAACCAAGUCCUACAGAGUGUCUGAGGAUCUUGUGAGCAUACAUCUGCCACUUUCUAGGACUCUUGCUGGUCUUCAUGUGCGCUUAAGCCGGCUAGGUGCUGUUUCAAGACUGCAUGAAUUUGUGCCUUUUGAGGACUUUCAAGUAGAGAUACUAGUGGAAUAUCCUCUGCGUUGUCUGGUGUUGGUCGCCCAAGUUGUUGCUGAGAUGUGGCGAAGAAAUGGACUCUCCCUCAUUAGCCAGGUGUUUUAUUACCAAGAUGUUAAGUGCAGAGAAGAAAUGUAUGAUAAAGAUAUCAUCAUGCUUCAGAUUGGAGCAUCUUUAAUGGAUCCCAACAAGUUUUUAUUACUUAUACUUCAGAGGUAUGAACUUGCUGAUGCUUUUACCAAGACUAUUUCCACAAAAGACCAGGAUUUGAUUAAGCAGUAUAAUACUUUAAUAGAAGAAAUGCUUCAGGUCCUCAUCUACAUUGUGGGAGAGCGUUAUGUACCUGGAGUGGGAAAUGUGACCAAAGAAGAGGUCACAAUGAGGGAGAUUACUCACUUGCUGUGCAUUGAACCAAUGCCACACAGUGCUAUUGCCAAGAACUUACCUGAGAAUGAAAAUAAUGAAACUGGCUUGGAGAAUGUGAUAAACAAAGUGGCCAUAUUUAAAAAACCAGGCGUAUCAGGCCAUGGAGUUUAUGAACUGAAAGAAGAAUCAUUGAAAGACUUCAACAUGUACUUUUAUCAUUACUCCAAAACACAACAUAGCAAGGCCGAGCACAUGCAGAAGAAAAGGAGAAAACAAGAAAAUAAAGAUGAAGCAUUGCCACCACCACCACCUCCUGAGUUCUGCCCUGCUUUCAGCAAAGUCGUCAACCUUCUCAACUGUGAUAUUAUGAUGUACAUACUCAGAACCAUAUUUGAGCGGGCAAUCAACACAGAAUCUAACUUGUGGACAGAAGGGAUGCUCCAAAUGGCAUUCCAUCUUCUGGCAUUAGGCUUACUAGAAGAGGAGCAGCAGCUUCAAAAAGCUCCUGAAGAAGAAGUGACAUUUGACUUUUAUCAUAAAGCUUCAAGAUUGGGAAGUUCAGCCUUGAAUGCUCAGAAUGUACAAAUGCUUUUGGAAAAGCUCAAAGGAAUACCCCAGCUGGAAGGUCAGAAGGACAUGAUAACAUGGAUACUCCAGAUGUUUGACACAGUGAAGCGACUGAGAGAAAAAUCUUGUUUAAUGGUAGCAACUACUUCAGGAUUUGACUCCAGUAAGAAUGACGAGAUUACUCAGGAUAAAGAAAAAGCAGAACGAAAAAGAAAAGCCGAAGCUGCUAGGCUACACCGCCAAAAGAUCAUGGCUCAGAUGUCUGCCUUACAGAAAAACUUUAUCGAAACUCACAAACUAAUGUAUGACAAUACAUCAGAAAUACCUGGGAAGGAAGACUCCAUUAUGGAAGAAGAAAGCAUCCCAGCAGUCAGCGACUACUCUAGAAUUUCUUUGGGUCCUAAACGGGGGCCAACUGUUACUGAAAAGGAGGUGCUGACAUGCAUCCUCUGCCAGGAAGAACAAGAGGUGAAAAUAGAAAAUAAUGCUAUGGUAUUAUCAGCCUGUGUCCAGAAAUCCACUGCCUUGACCCAGCGCAGGGGAAAACCCCUAGACCUCUCAGUAGAAACCAUGGACCCACUCUUCAUGGAUCCAGACUUGGCCUAUGGAACUUACACAGGAAGCUGUGGGCAUGUCAUGCAUGCCGUGUGCUGGCAGAAGUAUUUUGAAGCUGUGCAGCUGAGCUCUCAGCAGCGCAUUCAUGUUGAUCUUUUUGACUUGGAGAGUGGAGAAUAUCUUUGCCCUCUUUGCAAGUCUCUGUGCAAUACUGUGAUCCCUCUUAUUCCCUUGCAACCUCAGAAGAUAAACAGUGAAAAUGCAGACGCUCUGGCUCAACUUUUGACCUUGGCACAGUGGAUACAGACUGUUCUCGCCAGAAUAUCAGGUUAUAAUGUGAAACACACUAAAGGAGAAAGCCCAACCAUUCCUGUCUUAUUUAAUCAAGGAAUGGGCGAUUCCACUUUUGAGUUUCAUUCCAUCCUGAGUUUUGGAGUUCAGUCAUCGAUCAAGUAUUCUAACAGUAUCAAGGAAAUGGUGGUUCUCUUUGCCACAACGAUUUAUAGAAUUGGGCUGAAAGUGCCUCCUGAUGAAAUGGAUCCUCGAGUCCCUGUGAUGACCUGGAGCACAUGUGCUUUCACUAUUCAAGCAAUUGAAAACCUAUUGGAAGAUGAAGGAAAACCUCUGUUUGGAGCACUUCAAAAUAGGCAGCACAAUGGUCUGAAAGCAUUGAUGCAGUUUGCAGUUGCACAGAGGACUACCUGUUCUCAGGUCCUGAUACAGAAACAUCUGGUUCGCCUACUGUCAGUUAUUCUUCCAAACCUAAAAUCAGAAGAAACACCAUGCCUUUUGUCUAUAGAUCUGUUUCAUGUUUUGGUAGGUACUGUGUUAGCAUUCCCGUCCUUGUACUGGGAUGACACUGUUGAUCUGCAGCCUUCAUCAAUUAGUUCUUCCUAUAACCACCUUUAUCUCUUCCAUUUGAUCACCAUGGCACACAUGCUUCAGAUACUUCUUACAGUGGAUACAGGCCUCCCUCUGGCCCCAGUUGAAGAAGACAGUGAAGAGGCUCAUUCUGCAUCCUCUUUCCUUGCAGAAGUUUCACAAUAUACAAAUGGCUGCGUUGGGUGUAGUACUCCUGGCUGGUAUUUGUGGGUCGCAUUGAAGAAUGGCAUCACUCCUUACCUUCGCUGCGCCGCGCUCUUCUUCCACUACUUACUUGGGGUAACUCCGCCUGAAGAACUGCUUACCAAUUCUGCAGAAGGAGAGUACAGUGCAUUAUGUAGCUAUCUAUCUUUACCUACAAAUUUGUUCCUGCUUUUCCAGGAAUAUUGGGAUACUGUAAAACCUUUGCUUCAGAGGUGGUGCGCUGAUCCUAUCUUACUCAACUGUUUACAGCAGAAAAGCACUGUGGUCAGGUACCCUAGAAAAAGAAACAGUUUGAUAGAGCUUCCUGAUGACUACAGCUGCCUCCUAAAUCAAGCUUCUCAUUUCAGGUGUCCACGGUCUGCGGAUGAUGAACGAAAGCAUCCGGUUCUCUGUCUUUUCUGUGGGACCAUCCUGUGCUCUCAGAACAUUUGCUGCCAAGAAAUUGUGAAUGGGGAAGAGGUUGGAGCUUGCAUUUUUCAUGCACUUCACUGUGGAGCAGGAGUCUGCAUUUUCUUGAAAAUCAGAGAGUGCAGAGUGGUCCUGGUUGAAGGUAAAGCCCGAGGCUGUGCCUAUCCAGCCCCUUACUUGGAUGAAUAUGGAGAAACAGACCCUGGGCUAAAGAGGGGCAAUCCCCUUCAUUUAUCUCGUGAGCGAUAUCGGAAGCUCCAUCUGGUCUGGCAGCAACACUGCAUUAUAGAAGAGAUUGCCAGGAGUCAGGAAACGAACCAGAUGUUAUUUGGAUUCAACUGGCAGUUGCUGUGAGCGCCAACUCUGCCUCAAGACAAUCACGAAUGACAACAGUAAUAAAGACAGAUUUUAAAUUAUGGAGAACUUUCUGAGGGCUGGGGAAUUAUUGGAGGGUCUUUUGCUCCAUGUCCAGAUUCACGUACGUCAAUAAAAUAUUCCUUAAUGGAGUAUCACUUUCAAUUAGCAAACAUAUAUUUCAAGGGAAAAAAGGACAGAUUAAUGUUUAAUGUUCUAGAACACUAAAGAAAUAAGUUUUCACCCCAAGCUAAUAUUUCCAAAAAAAAUGAUUCUCCUUAAUCUGUCCUAAUAUAUUUCAUUCCAUCCACCUGAUAAAUGAAGUCACAGCUAAGAAUUGUGGACAUUUUAUAUGUUGGUUAACUCAACACAAUUUUGUAUUUGGUAUUUUCCUGAGCAUAGUUCAGCUAGCAUUGGAUCACUGAUGAUUCUGAUGUUAUGGUCUUCUUUGCAGCUAAAGGGGAAUUGCAGAAACCAUGAAAUACUUUUCAAUUUUGAAAGAUGCAUAAAAGUAAACGUAAUUCACUU